AUGCUCAUGAGGAAGGUGCCCGGUUUCGUCCCGGCCUCCCCGUGGGGGCUGCGGCUGCCGCAGAAGUUCCUCUUCCUCCUCUUCCUCUCGGGCCUCGUCACCCUGUGCUUCGGGGCCCUCUUCCUGCUGCCCCACUCCUCUCGCCUCAAGCGCCUCUUCCUGACUCCCCGGACCCAGCAGCCCGGCGUGGAGGUGGUGGCCGAGAUCGCCGGCCAUUCCCCGGCCCGCGAGCAGGAGCCGCCCCCCAACCCGGCCCCCGCCGCGCCGGCCCCGGGCGAGGACGACCCCAGCAGCCGGGCCAAUCUCCGCCGCAGGAAAGGGUGGCUGCGGCGCACCCGCCCCACCGGGCCCCGGGAGGAGGCCACGGCGGCCCGGGGCAACGGCAUCCCGGCCCAAAGGCCCGGGGACGAGAGCGUCCCGUUCAGCUUUGACUUCAACGCAUUCCGGAGCCGCCUCCGCCAUCCUGUCUUAGGGACGAGGACCGAUGAGAGUAAGGAGCCCCAGAGCCGAGUGCGAGCCCAGCGGGAGAAAAUCAAGGAGAUGAUGCAGUUUGCCUGGCAGAGCUACAGGCGCUACGCGAUGGGGAAGAACGAGCUCCGCCCACUGACCAAGGAUGGCUACGAGGGCACCAUGUUUGGAGGCCUCAGCGGGGCGACAGUCAUCGAUUCCCUCGACACCCUCUACCUUAUGGAGCUGAAGGAGGAGUUCCAGGAGGCCAAGGCCUGGGUGGAAGAGAGCUUCCACCUGAACGUGAGUGGAGAAGCAUCCUUGUUCGAGGUGAACAUUCGCUACAUCGGAGGGCUCCUCUCAGCCUUCUACCUGACGGGAGAAGAAGUGUUCCGAAUAAAGGCCAUCAAGCUAGGAGAGAAGCUCCUGCCGGCCUUCAACACCCCCACGGGAAUCCCAAAGGGUGUCGUGAGCUUCAAAAGUGGGAGCUGGGGCUGGGCCACAGCAGGCAGCAGCAGCAUCCUGGCGGAGUUUGGAUCCCUGCACUUGGAGUUCUUACACCUCACCGAGCUCUCUGGCAACCACGUCUUCACUGAAAAGGUCAGGAACAUCCGCAAGGUCCUCAGGAAGAUCGAUAAGCCCUUCGGUCUCUACCCCAACUUCCUCAGCCCAGUGAGCGGGAACUGGGUGCAACACCAUGUCUCAGUUGGAGGACUCGGGGACAGCUUUUAUGAAUAUUUGAUCAAAUCCUGGUUGAUGUCGGCCAAGACGGAUUUGGAGGCUAAAAAUAUGUACUAUGAAGCCUUGGAGGCAAUAGAGACCUACUUGCUGAAUGUCUCUCCGGGGGGGCUGACCUACAUUGCUGAGUGGCGAGGGGGGAUUCUGGACCACAAGAUGGGGCACCUGGCCUGUUUCUCCGGGGGCAUGAUCGCCCUCGGCGCUGAGGAUGCCAAGGAAGAAAAGAGGGCCCACUACCGAGAGCUCGCAGCCCAGAUCACCAAGACGUGCCACGAGUCAUACGCCCGCUCAGAUACCAAACUCGGGCCCGAGGCCUUCUGGUUUAACUCUGGCAGAGAGGCGGUGGCCACCCAGCUGAGCGAGAGCUACUACAUCCUGCGGCCCGAGGUGGUGGAAAGCUACAUGUACCUAUGGCGGCAGACCCACGACCCCAUCUACAGGGACUGGGGCUGGGAAGUGGUGAUGGCCUUGGAGAAGCACUGCCGGACGGAAGCCGGCUUCUCGGGAAUCCAGGAUGUGUACAGCAGCACUCCCAACCACGAUAACAAGCAGCAGAGCUUUUUUCUAGCGGAGACGCUCAAAUAUCUCUAUCUUCUGUUCUCUGAAGAUGAUGUGCUCUCCCUGGAAGACUGGGUGUUCAACACUGAGGCCCACCCGCUCCCGGUGAACCACUCAGACAGCUCCGGCAGGGCCUGGGGCAGACACUGACCCCUCUCUUGCUUUGCCUGGGCCUCCACAGGCAUGCCUUGCCUUUCCUGGAUUUGGGACUGUUCUCAAGGGGAUUGGGAACACGGGCCCCAUCUCAGGCAGACCCCGAGCAGAUGUGUCGGACAAACAACUUCUUUUCCUCUGUGAGGAGAUGGACUAGGAGAUGCAGUGAUGUCAAACAAGGCCACUGCGCCAGCCCAGACAUUCCUUUCUAUGGAGAAUUUCUAUGAAGCCAACCCACUUGCCAUUCCAGGGCCAAGAACCGGAGAUCUACAUAUUGACCCCAUGGAUUUGAUUUACUUCCUUUUGGUUUGGGGGCUUUUGUUUUCAGCCUGAUUUUGUCUUUUCUCUACUGUUGAGUUUUAUCACAGUUCUACGUAUAGUUUUUGAAAUCAUGUGCUUUCUAGAAUGGUAUCAUCCUGAUCAGCAGAACCUUAGAGUGUCAGCACACACAGGAUCUGGCCCUGUCAUCUAUAUCUUAGAUGCCUUUUGCCCACGUUUACUCUGUUAAUUGUGGGUCAUUUACCUUAUGAUUUGAGGAGGGGAUCCCCCUUUGAUUUGGGCCUACGUGUUACGAAUCACUAGUGCUAUUUUCAUCAUUGUAAUGGAGAAAUCUGUGGACUAGAAUAAAAGAUUUUAUUGAAUAAGAAA